AUGAUCGAAGAAGCGCGAAAAGAACAACAAGAGGAAGAGGAGAAGAAGAAUGCGACUGACAGUGCUGAGGACCAAGACCCCGCGACGACGAAGACUUUGAGCAAAGAAGAAGAUGAAGAUGAAGAAGACUACUCGACGUUAGAGGAAGUCACCAAAGAACUGUCCGACUUAAACAGUCGACCGGCGUGGUUCGACCCGCACGUUUUCGAGAAGGAUGAUUUCAACCCAGACGUCUACAUCGACGAGAUGUCUCCGUUUGUGACUCCGGAAGAUUUAGCCGUGGAAGUGGAGAAAUACGCGGACGACUUGCAGAACAAGUUAGUGGAAAUGGUCAAUCGAGAUUAUAAAGAUUUUGUGGCGCUGACGACGGAUUUAGUGGACGUGGACGCGUACGUGAAGGACAUAAAAGAACCUUUGGAAGUUUUAAAAGGAGAAGUGGAAGAAGCGCGGGACGUGGUGAAGAAAGAGUUGGAGAAGUUGCAAAACGCGUUAGAUAGGAGAGACGAGUUGGCGAGAGAGAGGGAAUCGCUGGAGUUGAUCAUGGAAGCGACGACGGUGUGUAGUAAAGUGGAACGAUUGUUGGAGGAGUUUGGGACGUCCGGGGACGGAGACGACGGAAAGAGAAAGAAGAGUAGUAAUUUAAAUAAUAGUAAGGCGGAGUUUGUAGGAGGAGAUGGAGGAGGAGGAGGAGGAAGAGAAGAAGGAUUCGAGGACGACGGGGACGAGAUCGUUCUCGUGGCAACCAACGUGGACAUCGAUAUGGACGUGGAUGGGGAAGGAUUAGAAUUCUUGCGCCCUUCGAAGACGUUUUUAGCCUCGGCUGAGAGAGCAGAAAGAAACGCGUCUUCCUCGGAUAAUAAUACUUUGGCGGACGAAAAUAGCGCGUUAUCACCGAGAAAAGGUGGUUCAUCUUCGGAUGCGACGACGAGUAGUAGUAAUAAUGAUAGAAGUGACGGACAUAAUUCUGCGGAAGAGAGGGCGCGAAUUUUGUCGCGCGUCGCCGGCGAAGUGAACAGAUUGAAGUUCUUCCUUUCUCAAGGUAAAGAUUCGCAACAAAUCAGAGCACUCAGCGACCGCGUGAAAAGUUGCGACGAGACGCUGCUGAAAGAACUCAACGGCGCAUUCGCGGCUGCGUUGUUAGGCGCGAGCGAAGAGAGCAAAAAAGGUGGCAUUCCCGGGACGAAACUAAAAUCGGCUGCGUCUGUGAAGUUUCUAUUGGAAGCGUACCAAGCCGUCGGACGCGCGAGCGAUGCAGAGAAAACAGUCAGGAAUGCUUUGGUAAAACCACUUGUAUCAGAAGUCACCGACAGCGCUCCAGCACCGGCUGGUAUCGGUGCUCGCGAGGACGUUUCGGAAAUCUUGAAGAAUUGCUCGGGAAAAGCGGUCGACGCGGUGUCUUUUCUUCUCGAUAUCGCCAAGGAUGUUUCGUCGUCGGAAUCGUCGUGCGAUUUCUUAGGCGGCUCUGUUUUAGCUGAAAUUGACGCGCAACUGCAUGAAAAGCGACCGAGCUCUUUCUCUCCGGGCGUACCCGAAGCGUUCAUCUCGAACUACGCCGCUUCGAUGGCAUUUAUCGAUGCUUUGCAGGCGAAAGCGAAGACGAUAUCGCAAGUUGCCGCGGAUAAGUUCUUCGAUUCAGAUGCUUUGCGUACGUUUCAUAAGCGAUGGAAUUUGAGCGUGUACUUUACGCUGCGCUUUCAAGAGAUUGCCGGUGACGUAGACGCGACACUCACAAGACCGGGACUGGAAAGAGUGGGAAAAGGAGAUGCGACGACGCCAACGGCAAAGUCACCGAAGAAAGACGGACCCCCGCAGUCCCCGAAAUCGCCCAAAAAGCAACAAGAAAUUAACGACGUACCUGGAGUAUUCUCUCUUGCCGCUUCUGACGCGGCGUUCCGAAAUGCCAUGCGGUGCUUUGCCGACGACGUGUACGUACCGGCGCAGGCGGACAAGUUUGUUCGUCUGGCAGCGCAAAUCGUGUCGCGCUAUCGCGCGUGGGUUUCGGUUGGAACUGAAUACCUGGAAGAAACUGCGCUUAUUAACGCUGCCGCGGAGAAGAGUGAGAAUACUUCGGAUGAUGCGGGUGGUUCCUCCUCAGCAGCAACGGCGGCGAGACGGACGACGAGCUCGAACACGUGGGGCGCCACGGCUGGUUGCGAAGAACUCGCCACGGUUCGUUCGGAGGUUGAAUUGUUCUCUAAAAAAGUAAAGGAAGAUCUCGUUAAAGUUGCGGCAAAGAAAGUUGGUGGUGGUAUUAAGGACCCUGAAGAUCGCAAUGCGGCUACAAACGCAACGAGCCAGUGCCUAGAACUUGGCGCGGUCACGCUCGAUGAAUUCCUGCCCAAAAUUACGUCCGCCAUUGCUCUCAUCGUGACCGAAAGAUGCACCGAAGCGUUGAAGCAACUGAAAGGCAUCACGGCCACGUUUCGAAUGACAAACAAACCAACCCCGAGCAAGCAUUCGCACUUUGUGCCAAUGUUGCUCCAGCCUCUUUCAAAAUUCUGUGAAGAAUCGCAACGAACGAGACGUCUGUCUCCCAUAGCCGCGAAGGAGUUGACGAGAGAAGUCUGUGAAGGCGUGACGAAGAAAUAUGCGGAAAUGGCGAGCGAUUUAGUCGCUACUGUCCUGAAAACCGAAGCGAGUUUGAAUCGCUUAAAAGACAGACAAGGCAAAGGUACGGCUGCUUCGGCUGAUGCGACAAAGACGGGUGGUAAAUUGAGCGACACGGAUAAAAUCUUAAAGCAGUUGCAUCUCGAUGUUGCUGAGUAUGCGUCGCGAUUAAUUUCUGUGAACGUGCAACCGAGCUCGCUGGAGGCGUUUCCAGCGCUUUGGAAAGCGUUGGCUCCCGAGGACGAACCGUUGCCGGCAUGA